GUGCGAGGGAACGUGACGAACAGUCUUUGCGUAUGCUGCGUUUGCACACGCCUUGUUGCAAAUGUCGCCUGCUCAGUGAACGGGCCCUAGCGAUUUGGAUUACGACGUUUUCCGGAAAACUUCAUCGGUUCUCAUGCUUGCAGCUGCGCCUACAGUGAAAACUGAGGUUGGAACCGUAGCAAAUGUGGCGAUUGAGGAUCAGAUAUACGGCAUUGUCCAAUCAUCUCCCGAUGGCAUGGACACGGACACUAUCACCGCACUGACGCCAGCAGUUCCUGCAUUGGAUAGGCAGAACGCCAUCAAUAAUUUGCUAGUCACGAAAAGACUAGUGAUUUCGAAAACACCAGGUGGCGCCUUGAAAUUGAAAGUAAAUACAAACACACAGUUGACGGGUGCUACCGACGAGGAACAAGCGAUUUAUACGUUGAUAGAAGAUUCGAAGCGUAAAGGUAUUUGGAUACGUGAGCUGCGCGAUGGUUCCGGCUUAUCUCAGAUUCAACUGCGUAAAGUGCUAAAGUCGUUAGAACAGAAGAAGCUCAUCAAAAAUGUAAAGGCAGUAGGUACAACGAAAAAAUGUUAUAUGCUCUACGGUUUGGAACCGGACACGUCACUGACUGGAGGAACUUUCUAUUCCGACCAACAGUUGGAUUCCGAGCUUAUCCAUACCUUAGUCAAUGUCUGCAUUGGAUAUGUACAGGGACGACGAAAGCAAGCAGCUGACAAUCAUCCUGAUGACAUGCAAAUGCAGAAGGAACUCAGCUCUGUGCGCCCGCAAGAGAUAGUAGAUUUUGUCCUUGAAAAGCGAGUGCUGAACGUUAGUGUUACUCUUGAGGAUAUCGAGCGUAUCUUGGAUGUGGCAGUUCUUGACGGUGCUAUCGAACGACGGCCUGAUGGAAAGGUCCGAUCGACGUGGUCAACAACUCGUCCUUCUCCUCUGGUAACAGUACCUUGUUCAACAUGCCCUGUAGUCGAUGACUGCUCAUCAGGCCAUGUGAUAAGUCCACAAACGUGUAGGCGCACAGUUGGGGAAGGGACACAGCACGAAGAAGUAAAGUACCAUGCAGACGUCGUCGGUGUCACGCUAACCAGGGUCGAACUGAUUUUCGCGAUUGGACUGUACGUGAGCGCCAUGGCAUCGCUGCUGUUUCUGUUCGAGAUGAUUAAACCGUCGAUAGCCGGGCUUUUCUAGCUACAUGCCCGAGCACACCCUUACGUUCUUCCUGUCUCACUGCGAAGUUUCUCCACAAAGUCAAAUACAGCACAGCAGAGAAGAUUUUUGCGUGCGUAUGGAUAUUUCUAUUUUCUUCAAAGCGGAGAUCCUCCUCAAUGCAGGGAUUAUAUUACUGUUUAGUUUGAUUGGUAAGAAGCCCUAAUUAGAGUCAAUGCGGGUUAGAAGAAGACAUGUAAGCAACUUAACUUGAGUUCUAUCUUGAUUUGAUGAGGUGAGGAUAUGCUUUUGAUCCUGACCACUCACUUUUUUUUCUAUUUACCCCUUUGAUCUAUCUUUGUUAGAGGAAAAUAUUUUGUUUUGAGACACAUAAUGCGUUGAUUUGAAAUGUUAGGGGAAGACCAAAAUCUAUGGUUUUUGCAUUUUUGCUCGAAUGAUUGUGAACGAAGUGGAGCAAAGAAACAAAAAAAUUCUUCUUGAGACCAACGAAGUUUUUUUUAUAUUUUUCUACCAAACAGGAUAUGUCCGUAACCAACUUUUGAAUGGAAUUGGACCAUAUCUUUGCGGUUUUCAUCAUUAAUCAGGUUUUUUCUUCUACUCUUCCAGAGAAAUAGGUAUAGAAAUAGUUACAGUCCAUUGACGAUAAAUGUCAAGAUACAACGUGAAC